AUGAUCUGGUCCACCAUCGCCGCCAGCGCGCUAUUGACGCAAUGCGUCACUGCGCAAAACAUGCUUCGCUUUGCAUGCUCGCAACUCACCGUCGAGAGAGCUGAUCCGCUAGUGAAUCCCGGCCAACGACCCUCACCACACACGCAUCAGAUCAUCGGAGGAAACUCUUUCAACCUCACCAUGGAACCCGGUGUCUUUGACCCUCCGAAACGCUCGACUUGCACAUCCUGCACCUACAGCGAAGACUUCAGUAACUACUGGACUGCCUCGCUCUACUUCAAGUCGCCCGAGAACGGUACAUUCCAGCGCGUGCCCCAGUUCGCCAACGUGGGGCUCCAACAGGACGGUGGUAUGACAGUGUACUACAUGCCGUACUCUGCCAAGAACAACAAGAUGACGGCCUUCAAACCAGGGUUCCGCAUGAUUGCGGGUGAUCCUAUGGCCAAGAAGCCUAACAAGGCAAGCAUCUGCCAUAGAUGUUUGGGAAAUGGAGAAGGUUUUGCACCCUGUGAUGCAAAGGAUUCUGCAGAGUUGCCUAACAAAUACUGUCCCGGUGGGAUCAGGGCGACCAUCAUCUUUCCGUCUUGUUGGGAUGGAAAGAAUCUUGAUUCUCCAGAUCACAAGAGCCACGUCGCGUACUCCAAUAACGGUGGUCUGGGUACUCCAAACUGCCCUAGUACGCAUCCGGUGGCCAUUCCGCAAGUGAUGUACGAGAUUAUGUGGGAUACUGGUCGGUACAAGAACAACGCGUGGUACGGCACUGGCAAGCAACCGUUUGUAUACAGUUUCGGCGAUGGUACGGGUUACGGACAGCACGGAGACUAUCUCUUUGGCUGGAAAGACGAUUCGCUCCAGAAGGCCAUGGAUGCUUUGCCUAGCGGUAAAUGUGCGAACGCCAACUGUCAGGUGUUGAAGAUCCAGUCAGCGCAGGAUUCGAUGAAGUGUAAGAAGCCACAGCAAGCGGUUGAAGAUGUUGGAGUGAGCGGCGACUGGCUGACUGAGCUUCCUGGGGGGAUGGCGGUCACAUACUGA